AUGCAUUGCAAGAGACAGAUAAAGGCAUCACCUCAGCCCGAACUUCCUCAGAUUCCCUCCCUUUUCCAGACUCGAAUUGAGUUAAAUAUAGUGGACAAAAAUACCACGGUGGAUAUUGUUGAGUACUUUGAUUAUGAGGGUAACCGCGUGAGAAUUGAUACACUUAAGAAUGCUGUUCAAGGAAGUAUAAUCUACAGUUUUGAUACCGAUGAGAUUUUCUACGUCACCAAUGGAUUCUGUAGUGUUGGAAAUAUUAGUACAUCAAUGGCAAUAUCUCUUUUCGGUGAAAUGAGAGAGGAUGGAAGGUUGCAUGUUUUAGACAGCAAUUAUGCAUUGAAGUUUGGCAGUAAAUACAAUGAGACAUACCUCGGCCAGGAAUCGAUACGGGGAAUCAUAGUAAAUCACUGGAGGUCUAUUUUCCAUUGGUCUGGAGCAAAAGUAAAUUAUACAAUCGAUUACUACUUCUCAGCGGAAAGCAUUUGGAAUACAUCAUCCAGCUUUGUCAGUGUGCCUGUCCGUGCUGAGGUUCAGGGUCCCGGAAGAACAAGCCCGAUUCAUCACGUGUAUGACUUCUACAGCUUUAACCCGUCACUUCCGGAUGAUAUCACAACUGUUUUUGAGACACCUGUUGGAGUAAUUUGUCCAGGAAGAAAAAGUACGCGGGGACUGCCUCAGAUACCCUCCCAGUUCUACUAUAGAAUGGAAGUUAUUAAUGAAAUACUUAAUUUGGUGACCACGGUUGAUGUUUGGUACGACGAAGACUACAAGUUGGUGAGGACCGACUAUAAACCAUUGUCAUCUGGCCCACCAACUUAUAACACUAACCCUCUGACGGAGGUGCACGACUUCAAUGGAGGUGUGCGGUACGUCAGGGAUAACUUCUAUGGGAACUGUACUGUACUGCCUCUGUCAAGUAAAGCCUUUGGGGCAGCUGAAACUAUGUCAGCCACAAUAACCAACGGGUCGUUUGUGUUACACAUGAAAAAUCCUCUACAGCUAUUUGAUUUAGAUUCAAAUUUUACUUACGUCGGAAAGCGUUUGUGUCGUAAAAUGACAUGCGAUGUGUUCUCAGCAAGAAGACCCUACUUUGUACAGGGGUUUGGAACUUCAAAUGCUACUAUUGAAUUCUACUUUCUUACAGAUGAUUACACCAAUUACCCAAAUGAUGGGAGUGCGGCUACCCGUGACGUUCCUGUAAAAAUAACGAUAGACAUAGAAGACGAGGACUUUCAUCAAGUUAUGAACAUCAUGGACUUUGAUGGCAAUCACCCAGACCUCUCGAACUUCGACGUUUCCUCUUGCUAUUCACAAACCGCCAAAGUACACUUCAAAAUAAGAUUUCCUGGCGCAUUACAACCCGCUUUGGCGAAGUCCUUCAUAUACGGGGCAAGACAAAAACUGGGUGAAACUAUGCAAGUGUCGCCACUGCGUAUCCAGGACGUCCGUGUGGAGUAUGACACAGCAGACGUUUAUCUCCUGGCAACCCUCCUUGACAGAACGUCUGCUGCAGCACAGUUUACGUACACGAAAGGUCAAAGGUCGAAAUUUACGGAUGACUUUAUGUUCAAAAACAUCAUUGAUCCAGUGAUGUGUGCCAAACUGUGUGUGGAGUUUGAUAACUUUACCUGCAACAGUUUUGACUUUUGUCCUGGAGAUAUACAGGGUUCAUGUCGACUCAGCAGACGACACAUCUCAGAGGGCUCCAUUCAUCUUGUUAAUGGAAGUGGAUGUGAUCACUUUUCUAGAACUGUAAAUGGCCCUGUUGUCGUGGAGAAAACGCUAUAUGAUGCCUAUGCUUCCCUGAGAAAGGCGAUUUUAGCUCAAAAAUACAUGGUCCAAGUCAUCAUAGACUCAGUCCCACUGAAGACCUAUGUUGGUGUCGAUCUCACUAUCACAUAUGGUUGGAUCCAACCAACAACAGUCCCUGUUAUCAAAACCUUUUUUUCCUACAACCAAGAGAUUGUCAUACCACAAUAUGGACAAGUUUUUGUUUCAAAGGUUUGGUACAGCCAAGACUAUAAACUAGUUAGAUACGACUUCCAUAAUUCAAAACCCACAAACCCUUAUUACUCUACUAAUCCAAUGACUGUUAUACACGACUUUAACACAGGAAUUCAGUAUGCAUUGGACAGGUUUUACGAGAAUUGUACGAUGUCUGCCAUACAACCAGGGGCAUUCGAUAGUACGUUGGAUUUUGCCGAAUUAAUCACCGAUGGUUCGUAUGUGGUGAAACUUAAGAGUCCAAUGGACAUUUUUCAUCUGACGCCGCAAAUGCGUUUCAUUGGCCAGAGAACCGUCAGAGAUUUCUUGACUAACGUGUAUGAAGCUAUCCUUCAGAAUUUUACAAUGCCUGGUCUUGUUGGGAAGUACACGGCUAUUGUCGAAUACUACUUUAUUGUGAAUGGAUGGGCUGAAAGUGCCAGUAGUGAUGCAGGUGUAACUGAGCAAUACUUGGUUAAAACUGACCUGAUUAUUGUAGAGAAAGCAUUGGUAAUCACAACAAAUUAUUUUGAUUUUGAGUACUUCGAACCCGAUUUAUCGCUGUUCGACAUCAAGAAAUGCUUUUCGUCGCAAGAUCAACACCAUUUUCAAAUCACAUUUCCAGGGCAGUACCAUCCUUAUUUGGACAUCUAUGAGAAAGUAUUUCAAUUAGAAGCUCUAGAAAUGAUGUCUCGAACAUCAGGUGCUUCAAUAUUACGCUUCCAAGAAAUUUCUCUCAACUAUGACCCUUACCAUAUCUACGUCUCCGCGACAAUCCUAGGAAGGCCACCUUUUUUAACGGAAUUUACAAAAUUACCAAUAACCACAAAAACUCUUGGAACCAAUGCUGUGUUUGCAAAUCUGAAAUCUGCCGAUGAAUGUGCCAAUGCGUGUUUGUCAAUCAAUCGGUUUCAGUGCAAUAGUUUUGAUUUCUGUCCAGACAUUGGCAAGUGCUACCUAAGUAAUCACCAUGUCUCAACUGGGAAUCAACCGUCAGCCAAAACAACAUGUCAGCAUUACUCCAAAACUGUAAACGCCUCUGUUGCCCCUGCGCCUACAUUGCUAGUGGCUUAUAGCAAUCUGAAAAACGCAGUUUACGUGGGUCAAUUAAGCGUUACACUUAAAACCAGCAAUUACACAAAAAUAUACACUGCAUCUACCAUUAAAGACACUAUACCAAGCUCAAGUGACGUUAUUCAGGGAGGACAGACAAUGAAGCAUUUCACGGUGUACAAACAGAACUCAAUAAUGGUGAGGAGUGAAUACACAGUUCGAGGUGUUGCGGUUGACGACUGUGCCACGGAGUGUCUAAUGGAGGAACUGUUUGAUUGUCAGUCAUUUAUGUACUGUUCGGGACAGAGUUUGUGCCUCCUCAGCUCAGUACACCCAGAUCUUAACCAGUCCCUCGUUCAGUCUCACAAGUUCUGUGACCUCUAUACAAGACAAUAUUUGGAUCACUAUAAUGCAAAACCUGGGACAACUUUUCCAACAAAUGCUGAUGAUGUCAUAAUGGCGGUUCCUACUCCAAACCUUUGUGCCAAACAGUGCACUGUUACAGACAGCUGCAAAUCAUUUGAUUACUGCGCUAAUUCAAAAACAUGUCGAUUAAAAAAUACACAUGAACUGGACGCUCCUACGGCUGUGUUUCAGAAAACUCCAAGUUGUAAUCACUAUUCACGUAAAUACAUCGAUGACUUUAAAUUUGUGGAGGGAAAGCAGAUGAACUUUGGGAAAGUUUUGGAAUUCGAUGGAGUAUCUGUUGACCAAUGUGCAAAACUUUGUAUAGAAGAGGAGAGUGUUAACUGCCGUACUUUUGCGUAUUGUGGUAAUUUUACUAAAUGUGAACUAAUGACUUCAACGCCAAAGCAGAUUGGACCCGGAUACGUCACUUCUAGUGGAUUCUGUAAUCUGUACAUUAGAGUAUACAAUCCUUCAACAACUGCACCCAGCAAUACUUCUUCAUCAUCAACUGUUGUCAGUAAAAUCUCUCCACAAAAGUCGGAUUCAAAUUUAGCUCUACUCCUGGGAACAGCUUUUGGUGUAUUCAUAUUUGGCCUCGUUUUAGGAGGUGGGAUGGUUUACUUCUUCCGCAAGUACAAAAGGAAAGAUGAUGAGAUUACAAUGGACAUCAUAGGGAACGAAUCUUAUUAAAUCUUUAAAUCUCUUU